GAUGAUUUGGAAUUGAUUUGGAUCCCGAUGGUCACAGUCCUUAGGGAUGAGAAAUUCUCUUUUCCGAGCUGUUUUGCUGUAAUUCUUUCAUCUCCUUUUCCAGGAAAAUGGCUGUGGAUUACUUCCUGCACGACAAGAUCUGGUUCGAGAAGUACAAAUAUGACGACGCCGAGCGAAGGUUCUACGAGCAGAUGAAUGGCCCCAUGGGUGGCCCCUCCCGCCAGCAGGAGAACGGAGCCAGCACGAUCCUCCGCGACAUUGCCAGAGCCAGGGAGAAUAUCCAGAAAUCGCUGGCCGGACAGAAGACGCCUGCUCGGAGCAAGGAAGCACCUUGUGCCCGUCGCAAGAAACAGUCGGGACGCUCCGCUAGUGCAAGCACAACCUCCUCUGGAGCUGCUGGUGACCAAAAUGAGCUCCUGUCCCGAAUUUCCCACCUGGAAGUGGAAAACCAGAACCUCCGCAGUGUUGUUGCAGACCUCCAGAUGGCCAUUUUCAAGCUGGAAAGCCGCCUGAAUGCUCUGGAGAAAUCCUCAACUUCCCACCAGCCCUCACCUGUUCCUCCAACCCAGAAAGUGGAACCGUUCAGCGUUCCCUCAAAAAAAGUGGAGCUCCCGGCCAAGAAAGCCACGCCGGCUGCUGCUGAGGAUGAUGAGGACGAUGACAUCGACCUUUUUGGGAGUGAUGAUGAGGAGGAAGACCAGGAAGCUGCCAAAGUCCGGGAAGAGCGGCUCCGGCAAUACGCGGAGAAGAAGGCCAAGAAGCCGGGACUCAUCGCCAAGUCUUCCAUCCUGCUGGAUGUGAAGCCGUGGGAUGACGAGACCGACAUGGCCAAGAUGGAGGAGUGCGUCCGGUCCAUCCACAUGGACGGGUUGGUGUGGGGAGCCUCCAAACUGGUCCCAGUCGGAUAUGGCAUCAAGAAACUCCAAAUCCAGUGUGUGGUGGAGGACGAGAAAGUCGGGACAGAUAUCUUGGAGGAGGAGAUCACCAAGUUUGAGGACUAUGUGCAGAGUGUGGACAUUGCUGCUUUUAACAAGAUUUAGAAGGAAAAACUGUAUCCCCCCUUCCUCCGAACCCGGAAUUAAUAAAGAUGAACAUUGGGAGUGCA